AUGGGUUUUGAGAAGAUUGGAGAAAGAAUCCAGACUAAUCAGGUCUUUCAGAGCUUGAUUCUUCCCUACUGGGGUUAUACUGAGCAAGUGCAGUUCUUGCUGGCUAAUUUGACAAAGAAAAGCAGAGCUCAUGUUAAUGCAGAGGACAGGGAGAAUAUUUCGAGAUAUAUCUGCACUUUGAAAUGAGCCAAGAGAAAGGUCUUGUUUCAGACCGAGGAAGGACAGGUUGAUUUCUACUCAUUCGUAAUGGAGAGCAUCAGAACUAACAGAUCUCACUACUUUGAAUAUGAGUUUCAUUUCGAGACUGAUGAAGACACUUUGAAGAAGUAUUUUAAUCAGCUGAGGGAAAUCUCUGAUGCUUUCCAGCUUAAAUAUGGAAGUGAUAUCAUUGAAUCCAACUUAUUUACAGCAAAAAGUGUGAUGAUCGGAUGGAAUUGCACAUCCUCUAGCGGAUUUAGACCAAAAGUCAACUUUGGUACCCUCCCUGAGAAGCUAGACUUUGGAAUUUGGAAGGAUUUUGUGCAAUUUGAAUGAAUCAAAGAUGAAGAUUACCUUAAAUUGCAAGAUUUCCAACUGUUAAACGUUAUAUCACAAAAUGUGACUUUCAAAUCUCCUCAUUGACCUCCUGUAGACCAUGGAGCUUAUAGCCAAGAGGAGAGUAAGGAGGGUGACAUGACUGCAUCAGAUACCCUCAAGCUUCAGCAAAUCAUAAUUGAUAACCUAUCAGGCAAGACACUCAGAAUGAUGGUGAAAACUUUGAAUAACAUUACUGGGAAAGACAGCAUGAAAAAGUUUUUCAAAAAUAGAGAAUAUCCUAUCAGAAGCCUGGAGAUCAAACAUUUGAAGAAGCUUAUCCCAGGGGAUAGAUAUAAAGCCUUACUGAAGCAUUGCAAAGAAGAGCUCUUCCUCUCUUGGGAAGAUAGGACAUCAAUUAGUUAUCUCUCAGAUCUUGGUGAAGCCUUGGCUUUCAGAAAUGCACAGAUUAGAGAUAUUGAAGCCAGCGAAGGACUCAAGCUCCAUAUUAGCUUUGGAGUGGAGUCAGCGCAGAGAAAUAUUCUAGAGCCAACCCUUUCAUAUGAUAAGAUUUCCUCUACAAAGUGAUUCUUUCUCAACUCUUGAGCAGGAGUCUGGGACUGAUUUGAGAUUAAAAAUUCAGAAGUGUAUAUCAGAAAUCGAACAGUAAUUGGGAAGAGUGAAAACUUCUACUAUAUCCCAAAUCAUGAAGGGAUUAGAGGGACUAUGUCUCAGUGCCUAGACCCUCCAAACGGAGAGGUACUCACUUAUAUAGAGGAAACAAAAGAAGCAUCUGUUAUAGCUGUUCCUAUCCAUAAUAUUUCGUCCAUUAGUUGUAGGAAUUUCGAAUUUUUGAAAACUCUCGUAGAACUGAAGACUCCUAAAAUAGAAUUAGACAUCAACCUAACCAAAUGGAGUGAGCUAGAGUUCCUUUCAGAGGUUGAUGCGAUGAUGAAUCUGAACAAGAACGCAUAUAUAGCUGUUAGGAUGUAUAGAUGUCCUACAGAUUUGGUAACCCCUACACCAUUGAAAAAUCUCUCACUUGCUUCUAUUGUUAUUCCUCAAGAGAUGAGAGAGGCUCUCGUGAUAUUUACAAGAAUGCUUCUAGAUUUUGGUGUGAAAGAGCUGAAAUACUUUGAUUUAUUAGACGAAGAAGACUCAAAAUAUAUUCUUGGACUACUAGUCGAGCAAGGAUGUCCUACUAAUCUUGAAAUGAUUCUCCCUAAUUUUCAAAUAGGUUGAGUCAGUGCUCAGAAGUUACUCAAAUCGCCUUCUUUACUUUCACUCAAGCUUCAAUGCAAAGGCAAGCGUGUGAUGUCUAAGAAGCUACAGUCUGCUAUAACCUCUACUCUGGUACAGAAGUUUACAAAGACAUGUGAAAUUGAAUUUCAGUUGCCCAAAUCAUUGUUAAAGUUUAUGAAUCCGAAGAUGUUGUAA